GGGAACUGCCCUGCAGGAGCGCUAUAUAAACAAGCCAGAUUAUCAAUGUCUAGCAUCCAUAAGUUCUCCUCUCGAACCCACAAGUGAAGGAGAGUCCUAGAUUUCAUGUCUACAAUGACAGCUAGAAGUUUUCCGAUUUUUGUAGCCAUUUUACUUCUUGUUGCGAUGCAAUCACGCACCAUUCAAUCAAAACCAAGUGGAGAUCCUUUUGGGUUCAUCAAACACCUGGAGGGAUGCCACAAGAAUGGAUCUGUCAAAGGGCUUCAUGAGCUCAAAAGAUAUCUUGAGAAAUUUGGAUACUUGAAGUAUGGUCAUCAAGGAAAGAAGGGCCAUAACCAUGCCAAUGACGAUGAGUUUGACGAUCUUUUAGAGUCUGCAAUCAAGGCAUAUCAGCAGAACCAUCAUUUGAACGUUACAGGAAGCCUAGACAAUAGUACAGUGCACGAAAUGAUGCAGCCUAGAUGUGGCGUGCCAGAUGUUGUCAAUGGCACAAAGCAUUACCAUACUCACAAGUCCAUCCACACACUAGCUCACUACAAUUUCAUUCCUGGAAAUCGUAGAUGGGCAAAAAGGCAAUUGACGUACACGUUUCGUUCCAGUGUCCAAGUCCCGGCUGCACAGAACAUAAGAUCCAUCUGCGCAAAAGCUUUUCGAAGAUGGGCACAGGUCACCGAAUUCACUUUUCAGGAAGUUAGCGGUAGCUCCCCUGCAGAUAUUGUAAUUGGAUUCCAUCGCGGAGACCAUAACGAUGGUAAAGCCUUUGACGGUCCUCAAGCAGUGGCGGAGCCACAAUUCUGGCUCCGCCACUGUCCUCAAGGGGUCUUAGCCCAUGCUACUCCACCAGCUAGUGAUGCAAUAUUCCAUUUCGAUGCGGAUGAAAAUUGGAGUGAAAACCCAGGACCUAACCAGAUGGACCUGGAAUCUGUUGCUGUGCAUGAAAUAGGACAUCUUCUUGGUCUUGACCACAAUGAUGAUCCAAAAGCCGAUGCCAUCAUGUCUUCCGGAAUUCCUUCUGGGAUUGCGAAAAGGGAUUUGCGUGCGGAUGAUAUUCAGGGUGUACGAGCUUUAUACGGAUUCGCUAAUUGAAGCACGUACAAAAGGAGAAUGAUGCUUGCAGUUUCUAUUAUCUAAAUUAAGAAUAAAUUUCCAUCAGUUUCUAGUUACGAAUUUGUGUUUAAUUUGGCCAUCCUGAUCUUAGAGAGGCGGUUACAGUCUUUAUUUGCAAAGUA